AUGCCUCGAACAACAUCAGAAACUAAUAAUACUAAUUCUCAUCCUGGAUCAGCAACAAAACCAACAAAAAAAGUAACCAUUAAAAAUGGUUCAGGAAUACCAACGAUUGAAGAACGACUUGGAUAUUUACGACCAUCAAGAGAAUUAUUAGAAUUUUAUCGACGAAAAAUUAGUCAAUAUGAUAAUGAACGAGAUGAUAUGAUUCAAAAACUUGAACGAUGCAAAGUGGCUUAUGAAGAAAAGCAUAAAUUGGAAUGGGAAAUACGUAAACGUGAAAGUGAAAUAGUUGAAUUACAAAAAGCUAUAAGUGAUUUGCAAAUAUAUUUAUUUCAAGAACGUGAACAAGUUUUACGUCUUUAUGCUGAAAAUGAUCGACUUAAAAUUCAAGAAUUACAAGAUCGUAAAAAAAUCAAUCGUUUAUUGAAUCUUUGUGGUGUAAGUGAAGAAGAAAUAACUUAUUUCGUUAAAGAACCCCCUGGUAUUGGAAUUGUUCCACAAAAAGUUUCCGCUGUUGUUGUUAAUGAACAACGUCCAUCAUCUCAUUUAAAAGAUCGAGUCGAAAAGAAAUCUUCGAAUGUCUCACCUCAAAUACGUGAUAAUGAAACACUUUCAUUACAAAUUGAAGCACUUCAAGCACAACUUGAAGAACAAACGAAAUUAGCUAAAGAACAAAUUGAAUCUUUACUUGAAGAUCGUCGUGUACGUAUCGAAGAAUAUGAUGUACAACGAAAACGUGAUGAAGAACGACUUAAACAAUCACAAGAAAAAAUUGUACAAAUGCAAAAUCUUCUUCAUGAAUCAACGAAAGAUGUUAUUGAAUCAAAAUUUGAUAUGCGUAAUGCAGAAAAACAAUGGUUAAAUGAAAAAGAUCAUCUUCUACAAGAACUUGAUAAAACAGCAGCACAUGAACAAAGAAAAGAAGAUGAAAUUAUUUUUCUAAAUACAUCAAAUCAUAUACAAAAUACGUCAUCAGCAGCAUCACUUCUUUUACAAGAAAAUGCAUAUUUUGAAGAAGAAAGAAAAAAAUUUGAAGAUGAAAUUCAUUCACUUGAACAACAACAUGUUCAAACACAUAAACUUGCUGAAAUGUAUCGAAAUCAAGUUUUAUCAUUAGAAGAACAAUUAUGUAAAAUAAGAGAAGAAGGCGAUGUUACACGAGAAAUAUAUAAAGAUCGAUCAGAGAAGAUAGGUCAACGUUUAUCAUUAUCCAAUGAACGUUUUAAAGAAUUAGAACGUCGUCGAAAUAUGGAAAUUGAAGGGUUUAAAACUGAUAUAAAAAUGUUACGACAAAAAUUAAAAUAUGUUGAAAAACAAUUAUUUCGCGUAACGGUUGGUUUAACAGGUAAUUCUGAUGAAAUUGAAGUUCUUCAACAUGUUAAAGAAACAGCUGUACGUUCGAAAGAAAUGCAAGGUGAAUUAAAUCAUUUGAAAGCAAAAAUUUAUCAUUUAGAAAAUGAUGUUCGACAUUUAUAA